AUGGAUCCAAAAGAAACUAAAACAUCAAAAAUAUCUUUUUUAAAUACUACUAAAAAGAAUAAUAAUAAUAAUAAUAAUAAUAAUAAUAAUAAUAAUAAUAAUAAUAAUAAUAAUAAUAAUAAUAAUAAUAAUAAUAAUAAUAAUAAUAAUAAUAAUAAUGAUGAUAAUAAUAAUAAUGGUGAAAAUAAUAUUGAUAUAGAGCCAGAUGAUAUAGAUUUAUUAAAUAAAAAUGAUAUAGAUAAUAUAGUAGAUGGUAUUGAUAAUAAUAAUAAGAGUGGUUCAAAUGAUAUGAAAGGAUUGGUAUUUUGGGGUACAACAGUUAAAGUUGAAGAUGUUAAAGAAAGAUUUAGAAAAUUUAUAUUUAAUUUCCCAACACCAAAAGAAAGAAAAAGAUUCAAUAUAAAUGACAUAAAUAAUAAUAAUAAUAAUAAUAACAAUAACAAUAGUGAAGAAAUGAAUGAUGACGAUGAUUAUUAUUAUGAUGAAGAACAAGAUAAAUUAAUUAAAAAACCAGAAAAAGUUCAAUAUUUAUAUAGAGAUUUAUUAAAAGUAUUAAAUGAAACUAAAAAAUGUCAUUUAAAUAUAAAUAUGAAAUAUUUAGUACAAUUUGAUAUGGAAUUAUAUUUACAAUGGGUAUCAUUUCCAAAUGAAAUGAUACCAUUAUUAGAUGAGGAAAUUAAUUUAAUUUAUAGAGAAUUAUUUCCAAUUACACCAAGAAAUGGUGAUGAUGAAGAUGAUGACGAUGAUGAUGAUGAAGAUGAAGAGGAUUAUAGAAUUGAAUUACAUCCAUUCAAUUUAUUAAGAAAAACACCAAUGAGAGAUUUAAAUCCAUCAGAUAUUGAUAAGAUUAUAUCAAUUAGUGGUUUAAUUAUUAGAAGUAGUUCAAUUAUACCAGAGAUUAAACAAGCGUUUUUUAUGUGUGCAGUUUGUGAAGCAACUUUUCAUGCAAAUGUUGAGAAGGGUAAAAUUCAAGAGCCAUCAGAAUGUUCAAAUUGUAAAUCAAAGCAAUCAUUAUCAAUCAUUCAUAAUCGUUGUUUGUUUGGUGAUAAACAGUAUAUUAAACUUCAAGAAACACCAGAUGCAAUUCCAGAGGGUGAAACACCACAUACCGUCGCAUUAUUUGCCUAUGGUGAUUUAAUUGAUAUUGCAAAACCAGGUGAUCGUGUCGAGUUAACUGGUGUAUUUAAAGCAAGUCCAAUGAGAGCUGGUUCAAAUAGAUCACUUAGAAGUAUUUAUAAAACUUAUAUUGAUAUUUUACAUAUAAAAAGAACAGAUAAAGGUAAAUAUGAUGAUGAUGAUGAUGAUCAUGAUGAUAAUACUGGUGGUGGUGGCACAGGUACAGGUAAAGAAACAAAUGAAAAUUUAGAUUUUGAAGAUUUAGAUGAAUUUGAUUUAUCUGAAGAAAAAGAAAGAGAGAUUAUAGAAUUAUCAAAAAAACCAGACAUUUAUGAUAUUGUAACUAAAUCAAUAGCACCAAAUAUUUGGGAAUUAGAAGAUAUUAAAAAAGGUAUACUUUGUCAAUUAUUUGGUGGUUCAAAAAAGAGUUAUCAAGAUUAUGGUGGAAAGUUUAGAGGUGAUAUAAACAUUUUAUUGUGUGGUGAUCCUGGUACUUCGAAAUCUCAAUUACUCUCGUAUGUUCAUAAAAUUGCACCCCGUGGUAUCUAUACAAGUGGUAAGGGUAGUAGUGCAGUUGGUUUGACGGCAUAUAUCACCAAAGAUCCCGAUACUAAAGAGACCGUUUUAGAGAGUGGUGCAUUGGUACUCUCUGAUAAGGGUGUUUGUUGUAUUGAUGAAUUUGAUAAAAUGAAUGAUCAAACUCGUUCAAUUCUUCAUGAAGUUAUGGAACAGCAAACAGUAUCAAUUGCAAAGGCGGGCAUUAUCUGCACGUUGAAUGCCAGAACCUCGAUUCUUGCAUCUGCAAAUCCAAGUGGUUCACGUUAUAUGCCCAAAUUAUCAGUGGUGGAGAAUAUCCAAUUGCCUCCAACCCUAUUAUCGAGAUUCGAUUUAAUUUAUUUAGUAUUGGAUAAAGCCAAUGAAAGAAGUGAUCGUCAAUUGGCUCGUCAUUUAGUAUCGAUGUAUUGGGAUGAAACACCGGUUUCUCAUUUCACAAUCCCCAAGGAAACCCUCACAAACUAUAUUCAAUACGCUAGAAAACAUAUUAAUCCAAAGUUAACUGAUGAUUCUGCAAAAUGUUUAGUUCAAGGUUAUUUAGAGAUGAGAAGUAUGGGUAGUAGUAAAAAAACAAUCUCUGCCACACCAAGACAAUUGGAAUCACUUAUUCGUAUCGCUGAAGCUCAUGCUAGAAUUCGUUUCUCUGAAUUUGUUGAACCAUUAGAUGUUGAAGAAGCAAUUCGUUUAAUUAAAGUCGCACUUCAACAAGCUGCAAUCGAUCCUGAAAAUGGUACAAUCGAUAUGGAUCUAAUUACAACUGGUCGUUCUGCAAGUUCUCGUGAAGCUAUCACUAGAUUAAAAUCUCACAUCAAACAAAAAAUUGGUAAAAAACAUUUAACACUCGACCAACUCUUAAAAUUAUUAACAAUUCAAAAUCAAGUUCAAACUAUACAACAAAUUGAAGAAAUUAAAGAAGCUUUAAGACAAUUACAAGAUGAAGAAAUUAUUCAAUCUUCUGGUGGUAUUGAUCCUACAUAUGGUGUAGUUUAA